CACAGCAACAUCGCAGGAGGAGCAGGGACAACAUCGAUUCACCUCUUUGAUUUGAUCUGGAAAAGGAUGGCUCUUACACCCGGGAGAGACGACUACCUGAAGGAUUCCAAGUACUUCAUGGCUGUGGCUUUACUGGCUGCAAAGAGGAGUAAAGACCCCAAUACUCAGGUGGGCGCCUGUAUAGUGAACCAGGAGAAUAAGAUCGUGGGGAUCGGUCAUAACCAGAUGCCAAACGGCUGUGAUGAUAAGCUGACAUGGGCCCGCGAUAGAACUAAAGAUAAUAAACAUCUCUACGUGUGCCACGCAGAGCUGAACGCCAUCAUGAACACUAACGGUGCGGAUGUGAAAGGAUGCAGCAUGUACGUGGCUCUGUUUCCCUGCAACGAGUGUGCCAAGCUCAUCAUCCAGGGAGGUAUAAAGGAAGUGAUUUAUCUCUCUGAUAUGUACAAAGACAGGGAUGAGUUUAAAGCCUCCAGAAGGAUGCUGGAGGGGGCAGGAAUUAAGCUCAGGCCGUUCGAGCUCGAGGGGACUGAGAUUGUCAUUGAUUUCCAAUAACAACAGUUAAGUGUCAAGCCAACCGACCCAAGAGACAUAAAGGAAACGGCCCACUUAGGGGAGCUGCUGAACGAGGAGAGGAAGAGGGGAAAGAGGAGGAGACUGAAAGGGACUUUGAUGCCUCGUUCCUGCAGGUCUUCAGGUGCAGGUGCCCCCUGCUUUGUCCAAAGAAAAACUCAAGGGCACCUCAACUUUGGUGUCUUUUGAUAUUUUGAUUCAAGAUAAUUUUACGGUCUGUGGUGGAGGGUCUAUAUGUCCUGCUUUUUUUCUUUAAAAAUCACUUAGGGGUGAAGGAAACAGGGGGGCUGUUGAUUUUUAAUCUUUGUGGAUCAGAUCGUCUCAUGUCCGUCAGGGGGUCAGCCCUAUGUUCCCACAGCCCAAUGGUCCCACAGCUCUAUGUUCCCACAGUCCAAUGGUCCCACAGCCUAUGUUCCCACAGUCCAAUGGUCCCACAGCUCUAUGUUCCCACAGCCCAAUGGUCCCACAGCUCUAUGUUCCCACAGCCCAAUGGUCCCACAGCUCUAUGUUCCCACAGCCCAAUGGUCCCACAGCUCUAUGUUCCCACAUUUCUAAAAAAAAAAAAAAUUUCACUGAAAAUUAGGCCUUAUGUUCCCACAUUUCUAUCCAUGAGCCUAUGACGCCUCCAGAGGGCUGGAAAGUGACUCCAAGCAUCCCAGGAGCACCCCCUCUCUAUGCCAACCUGGCUUUCCAGAGGUAUUGAUGCACUGCAAACUAUGGUUUGCGUCCAGUUGCUGCGCUUCUUUCGACUGAUCUGACUGGAAGCUAGUCAAUGCGAGGCCUCUGUGCUACUUAGUUUAGUUUGUUUAUUUAAAAGGACAAUGUGCACUUACAUUAAAUGUUUGCAAUAAACAAAGAGAUGGGUGCACCAGAUUUAGCUAAAAGCUACAUUCCAUACGUAGUCCAUUGCUACUGGAUAAUAGAUUGGGUGUAAUUGGCUACCAAAUUGGAAGAAAGGGGGAUAAAAUCUGAUACAAAUUUAUGAAAAAUGAAAUGUGGGAACAUAGGCACGCUCCCGUCUGUCUGCACAGGGGAACACCUGACACCUGCUUUUCUUUCUCCUUCAAACAAGGCACUUUGAAAUUAAUUUAUGGGACCUUUAACGUUAACGCUGGAAGUUUUCAGUAAAUCUUUUUAUUUUGGAAACGGGUAGAUUUUAAGCUUGCUGUCAAGGCACAAAAAGUGACAAAGUUCAUUUCCACUGAAUGUGAUUUUUGUUUUAUUGUUUGGUUUUAUGCAACUAAAGAUGGCCACACACUAGACGAUUUCAAAUUCUUAACUGAUUUUAAAAACACAGACAUACAGUUUCUAGGGAUUUUUAAUAUUAUAAUCCUCAGAACGCGCACACUAGACGACUCUGCCAGAGCGGGGGAGACCACACACCUGCCGUUUGAAGAAACGAUUUCAAAGAUACAAACAGACACACACACACAGGCUGCUCUCCCCCUCUGGCUCCACUGAUCCUGUCUCACACCUGUAUCGCCUCCUUUACUACCUCCAAUGGCGGCACAGAGGUGGGACCACUUCGUCCUCCAUUACACCUCCUUAACAUUCAUAAUGAAGGAGAAACAUCACAGGGGCGUAAAUAUCCCACCUUGAACAGUCAGUCUGAACUGGACCGGAGAGCAUAAAAACAUCGUCAACAUUUCAGUACUGAAUAGUUGUCAGUGUAUUUGUGUAAUUUAGACCGUGUGCAGGGUAUUAACCUGAAAUUCUUGUUCAUUAAAAACCCGACAUUAUCUGAUAUAUGGCCUGAGGAUGAUUAUUUUAGUUGCCAUGGUAUUGAAACAUAAUGAUAUCAUUUGAUUUUUACUAGACUUGUAUGGAAGUUAUGAUUCUGAUAUUGUGACAGUCCUUGUUGUAGUCAUGCAACUAAAACAAUAAAAUGAAAAAAUGUGUUCAUGGAA